CGCCCCUUCAAACGCCACCGAUCCGCGCCCCUCAACCAUGCCUAUCUCGCCCUCCUCAACGACGACAUCCGCGACGCCGCGGCUCGCUACAUUCCUCCUCCUCGUCCUCCACAGGCCGGGGGUGGCGUCGACGACACGCUUGCGCCUUCACAACUGGGCAUGAUGGUCUGGAGCGAGGCGGAGAAGGCGUUGUGUUUCGAGGCUGUCGCCAGACUCGGCGUCGAUGACCUGCCUGGAAUCGCCGGGCGGGUGAAGACGAAGGGCGAGAUCGAGGUUGCCGCCUAUCUCACCGCGCUGAGGGAGGCAACGGCCGCGGCGAAGGAGGCGGGGAGUAAAGGGGGAGUGGUGGGGCUGGGGAUGGCCGAGGUGCCUGCUGCUGUGGAGGUCAGUCAGGCGUGCUGUGCCGCGCUGGAGGAGGCUGCGGAUGCUGUGUCGGUGAGACAGGAGGGCUAUGAGGAGGGGGUCGAGAGGCGGAGGUGGGGCGGGGAUCACUGGUUGGUUGGGGUGGGGAAUUGGCGCGAGUUGGAGAGGGAUGCGCCGGAAGGCUUGGAGGGGAGUUUGGAGUUGUUUCGCGUUGGGACUUGGUUGAGGCUGAGCGAGAGGGUCUUUAUGAACUCGGCCGUAGAGGAGUACAACUGGGCGCGGGUUGGGGCGGAAGAGCCCGCUGUGCGGGCGACAGCGUUGCAGGACUUCCACGCGCUGGCUGUUGAGGUUAUGAGGCGGUUGGUGGCCGCGACGAUAUUUGUGGGCGAGGCGAGGAUCAAGGCGAAGAGGGAGUUGUAUCCAUACACGAAGAACUUGGCGCGGAAGCGAGAUGUCGAGGCGGCCGCGCUGUCGUUGGGGCUUCCCACGGAUAGUCGCCGGUUCUGGGCGAAGUGCGCGAGAAGGUUGAGGUUGGAUGUGUAUGACGAUGAAAACGGGGAAAUUCCAGGCUGGGACGCCGAGGAUGAGCAAGAACCCAUGUCGUACGAGGAAGUGGAAGGAGCACUCGGGCUCGAGCCGGAAGGUAUUGGCGGAGGAACUCCGCCUGACGAAGAGACGGAGUCGUCAGAGGAGGAUCAAAUUGACGACGAGAUGGCUUCUGAGUCUGACCACGGCUCCAUCGAGCUCGGUGCAAGAACCCCCCAUGUCUCCGAUUGCGAAGAAGCGCUUCCCAAAGAAGACGAAGCGGACAAGCGGGCGGUUACGCGCGAGAUGAACGAGGUCCUCGUCCACUCUGCGCUCGAGUACCCCAAAACAGGGAAAUCGCGAGCCGCCCUGAGGAACAGGAUUCGCGCUGAAAAGGCCCAUGAGGCAUAUGCGGACAAGCUGGAUGCCAGAGCGUCCUACUAUGAAGAGAAGAGGCUGUGGGCCAUGCUUGGACGGCAGCCCCCCGCAGAACCGGUCAAGCCCGAUGCUCCUGAGGAGUCGCCGAGAUACACGAAGCGGACGGUCGGUGAUCUCAUCAACAGUUUUGCGCGCACACCUGGCGAUUGGAGGAGCAAAUUGGAA